AUGGCGGACACACUCACAGAGGACAAAAUCGCGGAGUUGAAGGACGUGUUCUCUCUGUUCGAUCGAGACGGCAGCGGCCACGUCACGUCAGACGAGCUAGGCGAGGUGUUACGUAACUUGGGAGUCCACACAACUAUUGCCGAGCUGCAGGACAUGAUCAACGAAAUGGACGCCGACGGCAGCGGGACGAUAGACUUUCCAGAAUUCCUCAUGGUCAUGGCGAAAAAACAACGUGACGCCGACAACGAGAAAGAAAUCAGAGAAGCGUUUAGGGUUUUCGACAAGGACGGCAAUGGUUUCAUCACGGCGUCCGAGCUGCGGGUAGUGAUGGCGAACCUGGGGGAGAAACUGACAGACGAGGAAGUGGACGAGAUGUUGGACGAGGCGGACAUCGACGGAGACGGCCACAUCAACUACCAGGAGUUCUACGACAUGAUGACGAAAGCCUGAGUCGAUCUCUAGAGUAGUCUCCAAGCAGACGUAGGCGGCUCCGAAUUCUUUUUGAACGUCAUACAUCUGCUUGGAGAUUAGAGCCAAAGGGCAGAGUACCUUCGAACCCUACGUUACACAUGAUGGAUUUUGUUUACACGAUUUUACCUCCUUUGCUGGUAAACAAAGCAACCGUACAGUGAAAACCCGGUCCAUUUUGAAGAUAUCAAAUCAUCCAAAUCAAAUCUAUCAGAUUGGAUCUCCUUAUAUAUUUCAUUUGACUUGGCAUGUGACCGCUUUGUGACGAACUGUGAUAUCAUAAACGCGUUGCAAUCAGACUUGUAUUUUGUAGAUUCUAGAACCGAAUCGAUUGUGACAAAUUAUCGUUCGUAUUUAUAUGGCUGUCUGCUGUUAAAACUAGCUUAAAGCUUGAAUGUUCGCCAAAUCUAGAUUGUCCAUUGGGCACCACCCUUAGGCCUUAGACCAGGCGACCGGACAUGGACGCGUAUGUUGAUUCUUUUAUGACUAGACGAUGUAUAUUAUAUGUAUAUACCUUGGUAUAAAUUGGUGCAUGGUGGUCGUAAUGAAAUGAGCCAUGAUUAUAUUUAACUGUUCAACCUGGGAUUUUCUCUUCGCCACAACUGUGAAAAUCGGUGAGCAAUACGGCAAUAGCUCAAAAGGUACACGAAGUUUCGUACAUUUGUACUUAAAUACCGGUCUGUUUCUUUGCUUGUAUGAGAAUGACUGGCGGGAGAGGCCUUAGAAAACUUCGACGUCAUCCGUAUGGUCUCGUUUGCAACAAAGAGGCUGUAUCUAUAUGCAUAUUGAAGCACCGGGUUGCCAACAUAAUGUUCUAUAUUGAACAUCUAUCUCUGAAUUCACGGUUAAAUAAAAAGGAAUUUG